AUGUACCGAAGCAUCCGUGCCUUUUUGCGAGGCGCCAACUCGGCCUCGUUGCAGGUGGCUUCCACCUCGCAGCUGCCCGCCGCUACUCGCAAUCUUCACAGCCACGCCGCCACCGCGUCGUUGAAUCGCAAGAGCCUUGCUACUUCCGGCAGCCAGGUCUUCCGUUCGCGAUUCUCCACCUCGGCGCUCCUCAAGGAGCCGACGCCCAGCCCCGUAGCUGGCGCCGCCGUCAAGGACAUCGAGCCCGCCGCCACGGGUCUCCAAAAAUGGAGCAAGUACCUGCCCAAGGUCGAGCGCUCUGACGUAAAGAAGGUCGUCCUCGUCGGCUCCGGUGGUCUCUCCAUCGGCCAGGCCGGUGAAUUCGACUACUCCGGCUCGCAGGCCAUCAAGGCGCUCAAGGAGUCUGGCAUCGAGACCAUCCUGAUCAACCCAAACAUCGCUACCAUUCAAACCUCGCACGAACUCGCAAGCCAGAUCUACUUCCUCCCUAUCUCGCCCGAAUACGUCGCCUACGUCCUCGAAAAGGAGCGCCCCGAUGGUGUGCUCCUUACCUUCGGUGGCCAGAGUGCCCUCAACGUCGGUGUCAAGCUCGACGAGAUGGGUGUCUUUGACCGUCUCGGCGUCAAGGUGCUCGGCUCCCAGGUUGACGUCCUUCGCAUGUGCGAGGACCGUGACCUCUUCGUCCAGGCCCUCGACCAGAUCAACAUCCCCGUCGCUAAGUCCGAAGCCGUCUCCACCGUACCCCAGGCGCUCAAGGCGGCGGCUGAGAUCGGCUACCCCGUCAUCGUCCGUGCUGCCUACGCGCUCGGUGGUCUCGGUUCCGGUUUUGCUGACAACGAGGAUGAGCUCCGUGACUUGUCCGCUCGUUCGCUCUCGCUCAGCCCCCAGAUCCUCGUCGAGAAGUCGCUCAAGGGCUGGAAGGAGUCCGAGUACGAGGUGCUUCGUGAUCAGGAGGACAACGCCAUCAUCUGCUGCAACAUGGAGAACUUCGACCCAUUGGGUAUUCACACCGGUGACUCGAUCGUCGUCGCUCCCUCCCAGACCCUCUCGGACGACAACUACCACAUGCUCCGAUCCGCUGCCCUCAAGGUCAUUCGCCACCUUGGCAUCGUCGGGGAGUGCAACAUCCAGUAUGCCCUUAGCCCCGACAGCCGAGAGUACCGUGUGAUCGAGGUCAACCCUCGUCUCUCGCGUUCCUCGGCGCUUGCCUCCAAGGCCACCGGCUACCCGCUCGCUUACACGGCAGCCAAGCUUGCCCUCGGAUACACGCUCCCCGAGCUGCCCAACGCCGUCACCAAGAGCACCACCGCCUGCUUCGAGCCCGCGCUCGAUUACAUUGUCACCAAGAUCCCCAAAUGGGACUUGAGCAAGUUCCAGCACGUCAACCGUGAGGUCGGCUCGUCCAUGAAGUCGGUCGGUGAGGUCAUGUCCGUUGGCCGAACCUUUGAGGAAUCGCUGCAGAAGGCCAUCCGACAGGUUGCCCCUGCCUACGACGGGUUUGAUGCCUACAUUGUGCCCGAGGACCUCGACCACGCCCUCUCCGUGCCCACCGACACGCGUCUUUUUGCUAUCGCCUACGCCAUGUUCGUCAAGGACUACUCGGUCGAGAAGCUGCACGAACUCACCAAGAUCGACCGCUUCUUCCUCUACAAGCUCGAGAACAUCGUCAACAUCAACCGACAGCUCGAGAAGCUCGGCUCGCUCUCGGCCGUCGACAAGGACCUCAUGAAGCUUGCCAAGCAGCGCGGCUUCUCGGACCGUCAGAUUGCCAAGCUGACCAACUCCAAGGAGCACGAAGUUCGAGCCCACCGCAAGGCAUUCGGCCUCACCCCCUUCGUCAAGCGUAUCGACACGGUCGCCGCCGAGUACCCUGCGCAGACCAACUACCUCUACACAACCUACAAUGCCACCACCCACGAUGUUGAGUUUGACAACGACGGUACCAUGGUGCUCGGCUCUGGUGUCUACCGCAUCGGCAGCUCGGUCGAGUUCGACUGGUGUGCCGUCACCUGCGCCCGCAAGGUGCGCGGCAUGGGCCACAAGACCAUCAUGAUCAACUACAACCCCGAGACCGUCUCGACCGACUUUGACGAGGCCGACCGCCUCUACUUUGAGGAGCUCGGCUUCGAACGUGUCAUGGACAUCUACGAGCUCGAGGGUGCCACCGGUGUCGUUGUCAGCGUCGGUGGACAGCUGCCCCAGAACAUUGCGCUCCGACUCAAGGAGACCGGAGUCAACGUGCUCGGUACCGACCCGCUCAUGAUCGACUCUGCCGAGGACAGGCAUAAGUUCUCGCAGAUCCUCGACAACGUCGGCAUCGACCAGCCCGAGUGGACCGAGGCCACCUCUGUCGAGAAGGCCAAGGAAUUUGCCGCUCGUGUGUCGUACCCCGUUCUUGUGCGUCCUUCGUACGUGCUGUCCGGUGCUGCCAUGAAUGUGAUUUGGGACGAGUCGACCCUCGAGCACCACCUAACUGCUGCUGCCGAGGUCAACACCGACUACCCGGUCGUGCUUUCAAAGUUCAUCGACAAUGCGCAGGAGAUUGACGUCGACGCCGUCGCGUACAAGGGCGAGCUGCUCGUUCAUGCCGUCUCGGAGCACGUCGAGAACGCUGGUGUCCACUCGGGUGACGCUACCCUCGUGCUGCCUCCCUUCUCGCUCGACCCCAACGACCUUGCCCGCUUGAAGGUCAUCGCCCAGAAGGUGGCCAAGGCGUUCAACAUCAGCGGUCCCUUUAACAUGCAGGUGAUCCGCAAGCCCCCCACGGAGGGCGAGGCCGAGGCUGCGCUCAAGGUGAUCGAGUGCAACCUGCGUGCUUCUCGUUCGUUCCCCUUCGUCUCCAAGGUACUCGGUGUCAACUUUAUUGACAUCGCCACCAGCGCCAUUGUGGGCAAAGACGUGCCCGAGCCUGUCGACCUGAUGGCUCAGGAACGCGACUAUGUUGCGAUCAAGGUGCCCCAGUUCUCGUGGACGCGUCUGGCGGGUGCCGACCCUUACCUCGGUGUCGAGAUGGCGUCGACGGGUGAGGUUGCUUCAUUCGGCAAGGACCUCUACGAAGCGGCGUGGGCAAGUAUCGCGUCGCAGACCGCCUUCCGUGUGCCCCAGGCCAACACGGGCGUGUUGAUGGGCGGAGACAUCACCAAGCCCCAGAUUGCUUCCAUUGCCAAGAAGCUCUUCAACCUGGGCUUCAAGCUGUACUGCUCUGACCCCGAGGUCGAGGAGUUCCUCAACAACCUGGACGGUGUCAAGGCCAAGCGCAUCCGCUUCCCCGUCAAGGACAAGCGCAAGCUGCGCGAGGUGUUUGACGAGCACGAGAUCAACAUCGUCAUCAACCUGGCCAAGUUCCGGGGCCGUGACCUGUUGGACCAGGACUAUGUCGCUCGUAGGAACGCGGUCGACUUUGGCAUUCCGCUGCUCAAUGAGGCCCGAUCCGCCGAGUUGUUCGUCGACGCGUUGGCGGCCAGGAUGCCCCACGGCUGCCUGAGGGGCUACGAGGAGGGCAAGAUCCCAUCCGAGGUACAGCCGUGGAAGUACUUCGUCAAGGAGGAGGCUGAGGCUAAGAAGUGA